CCCCGCGCGGGGGGCUUGUCUCGGAGGCGUCCCAAGAUGGCGGCGGCCAUGCUGGGCCCCGGCGCUCGCAGCGCGCAGGCAGUGGCCCGGCCCCGCGGAGGAGGCGGCCGCCGGCGGUGCUAAAUCCCCGCUCCUCCCGCCCGCCUCAAACUCCACCUGGCGGCGGUUUCCCCUCGGGGGGCGGGGGGCGCCGCCUCCGGUGCGCCGCGGCCUAUCCCCGGGGCCUGCAACCGGGCCCUGAGGGCGCGGCGGCCGCCGCUAUGGAGGGCCCUGGCGCGGCGGCGGUGGGCGCCGGCCCCGGCGGUAGUAACGUACCCGCUUUCCUUACCAAGCUGUGGACUCUGGUGGAGGAUCCCGACACCGACUCGCUCAUCUGCUGGAGCCCGAGCGGGAGCAGCUUCCACGUGUUUGACCAAGGCCAAUUUGCCAAGGAGGUGCUUCCAAAGUACUUCAAACAUAACAACAUGGCCAGCUUUGUCCGGCAGCUCAAUAUGUAUGGCUUUCGAAAGGUUGUCCACAUUGAGCAGGGAGGAUUGGUGAAGCCAGAGAAAGACGAUACUGAAUUCCAGCACCCAUACUUCAUCCGAGGCCAGGAACACCUCCUGGAGAACAUCAAGAGGAAAGUAACCAGCGUAUCCGGUAUAAAGAAUGAGGAUAUAAAGGUUCGGCAAGACAAUGUAACCAAGCUACUGACCGACAUCCAGGUGAUGAAGGGAAAGCAGGAGAGCAUGGACUCCAAGCUGAUAGCCAUGAAGCACGAGAAUGAGGCGUUGUGGAGGGAAGUAGCCAGCUUGAGGCAGAAGCAUGCUCAGCAGCAGAAAGUUGUCAAUAAGCUUAUCCAGUUUUUGAUUUCAUUGGUGCAAUCCAACCGUAUUCUUGGGGUGAAGAGGAAGAUCCCCCUGAUGUUGAACGACAGCAGUUCAGCACAUUCCAUGCCGAAAUACAGUCGCCAGUACUCCCUGGAGCACGUCCACGGCUCAUCCCCGUACGCAGCUUCUUCCCCCGCAUAUAGUGGCUCCAACCUGUAUUCCCCGGAUUCUUCAGCCAACUCUGGUCCCAUUAUCUCCGACGUGACCGAGCUCGCGCAGUCCAGCCCUUCGGCAUCUCCCAGCGGCAGUCUCGAUGAAAGGAGUAGCCCUGUGGUCCGUAUCAAAGAAGAACCCCCCAGUCCCGCCUGCAGCCCCCAGAUAGAGGAGGCCAGCCCAGGGAACCCUCCCGCUGUCGAAACGCCUCUGUCCCCCUCCACGUUCAUCGACUCCAUCCUGCAGGAGAACGAGCCCAGCACUACGACCGCUGCAGCCGGCGACAGCACCACACAGCCUCAGCCCCAGGAAAAGUGCCUCAGCGUUGCCUGCCUCGACAAGAAUGAACUCAAUGACCAUCUGGACACCAUCGAUUCCAACCUGGACAACCUUCAGACGAUGCUGACCACGCACGGCUUCAGCGUAGACACGAGCGCACUGUUAGACCUGUUUAGCCCUUCAAUGACGGUUACAGACAUGAACCUUCCCGACCUGGACAGCAGCCUUGCCAGUAUUCAGGAUCUCCUUUCAUCCCAGGAACAGCAGAAACCUACUGAGACAGAGGCCAGCACAGCAGACACAGGAAAGCAGCUGGUGCACUACACAGCCCAGCCCCUCUUCCUGGUGGACUCGAGCGCUGUCGACAUGGGGAGCGGAGACCUGCCGAUAUUCUUCGAGCUGGGAGAAGGGCCGUAUUUCACGGACGGAGACGAGUACUCGGAAGAUCCCACCAUCUCCCUCUUGUCAGGGACUGAGCAGUCCAAACCCAAGGACCCUGCGAUAUCCUAAGGCCCAGGGCAGGGUGAAAGAGAGGAAGAGAAAGGAUACGCACUAAAGGGAAAUCCAGCCGUCAGCCUCCUCGCUUUGCACAGACAUUGAAAGCUCUACACACCCUCUGGUUCAUGUUUGCUUCCCCCGGCACUGUGAGGAUUUCAUUUGUGUGUGUGCUUAAUGAGGUGUUUUGAAAUCUGCUUUAGAUUCUAGCCACCCAGCGCUCCUCCAGUUUGGGCGGCCGCCGGGGAGCCGAGCCGCGCAGGAGCCCCCCCGCCGCGGCGCGGUCGUCGCCCGACCCGCCGCGGAGGCUUGGACGGACGCGGCCGCGGCUCCGGCGCGCGGGCAGGAGAGCCCGGCUGGGCGCAGAACGGCCGGCCGCUACGUGACACUUGCGUUUCGCCUCGUGGCCCGGCCGAGGGCGGCAGCCGCGACCCCCGCCCCCCCCCACCCCCCCGCAAGGCACCGGCGGGGGCACGGCCGUGGGGUGCGCCUGCCGGCCGGGAAGCGGGGCGCUCGCCAGGCGUGCAGGCGGGGUUGCUUUUCUGAGGACGGGAGUUGCCCCUCCGCGCCUGUCCCCUUCCCUCCUCGCCCCCGGAGAGGCGGAUGCGAUGGUUUUUAAAAGAGAAAUAAAAGUUUGCCGAUCUGGCGCCGGUGGGUUGGAUCCCGUUGUGGUCUCUGCCUUGCGGUCUGACCCCCGAGGGUCUCCGUGCGUGCGUGCGCCCCGGGGCGCCCCGGAGCCCGGCUUUAUCUUCUCUUUUUAUUUCCUCUUGCUCUGUGUGUUUCUUUUCAUUUGUUCCUUUGGUUUUUGUUUUCCUUUUGCUUAGCAGUAAAAAUUUGUACAUUUACACUUCAGAUUGUUAAUAGUAAAAACUGUAUUUUGAAUUUUUACAUGAGAGAAGAAGAACCCACUUCUAUCUAUAUAUAUAUAAAUAUCUCUCUAUAUAUAUACAUACAAAUAUAUAUAAAACAAACGGUCUGUCA